AUGGCUAGCUGGGCGGAUAUUCAAAGACUCGCUUCUGAUUUGCAGCGUGUUCAGCUUUCGCAAUCAUCGAAAAAGCUUUCGGAAGCAAAUUGCGUUGAAGUGAUAUCGAAAUUGAUUGGAAAUAAACUAGUCGAUGUGGUUUUCACUCGAGAUGGUCAUUCUUAUGUCACCAAGAAACAUUUGGAAACCGAGGUUAAAAAUGAAUGCCUCGCCAAUGGUGGUCGUGUUCCUUUAACUGAAAUCGCUGUUUCAUUAAACAUUGAUUACGAUCAUAUUGAGCGAACUGUUCGCAAUGUUGUUGCUGAGGAUAAGGAUUAUACUUUAUCUAAUGCCGAACUCUUUUCUACCGAAUAUGUUCACCAACUCCGAAAUGAGCUUCGCGAACUUCUCGACGAGCAAGGAAACCAAACAACCGUUUCUCUUUGCAAGCAUUGGAAUUUAUCUAAUGAGUUGUUGAAAUCUCUUCUCAUUGAUCAAUUGCCCGCCGAUUUUCAAGGAGUUGUCGAUGGAGACACAAUCUAUACGAAUUUGUUCUUGGAUUCGAGAAAAAUGAUUCUCAGAGCGAUUUUAUCCGCUGUCACCAAGAUCACUCCAAUUUCGAAUAUUCAAAAGCGUGUUGGACUUACAACCAAACGAUUUUGGGUUGCUUUUGACGAAUUGGUUGCUGCCGGAGAAGUUCCGGGGCAUAUCGUUGGUUCGAGAACUUCGCCAGCUUGUGUUUAUACUCCGAAUAUGUAUGAAAUGCUUGUUAAGGAAUGCGUUUUACAUUCUCUUAGACAAAAUGAAUUUAUUCCGAUUUCUGCAUUGAAAAAAUUGGGAAUCGAUGGGAAAGGAGGAUUGGAGCAGGUCAUUGGGAAACAAGCGGCUUCGAAGCUCUUUGUGCUCAAUUCGAUGUACGUGAUUCCGGAGAUCCUUGAAACUUGUGUUAGUCUUCUUCAAGAGGAAGUGAAAAGAAGUGGAAUUUGUGAAGUGAAAGCAACUCUAUCAUUUUUAAACAUUCCUUUCGACGAUUCCGAUGAGGAUAUUAUUGGUGAAAAUGCGGCGAUGGACGCUCAUUUCGCCGAAGGAUACUUAUUCAUGAACUCGAUUCUUACCGAUGCGCUCAAAUCGAUUUCGGAUAAAAUUGAGGCUAAAGCUCAUGAAGAAGUUGAUCGAUUGGAAAAAGAAAAGAAACAAGGCGGGAAACCAGUAAAAGUUGUUGAAGAUGAUGAUUGGGGGGACAAGAAGGGGGGAAAAGGGAAGAAAGGAAAAGGAAAAGGAUCCGGAACUGCUUCUAAGGCUGUAAAUUCGCAAUCCGCUUCUGGAGCACCGGUGAUUCUUUCUGAAGAGGAACUCGAGAAAUGGUUGACUGAAUCAAAAAGUGUUCCAGACGAGAUUAUCCAAGUUGUGGUUGAGAAGCUUUCUCAAGAAGCAACGCAGGCUCUUCGUAAACGAGUCUCUGAAAUUGCGAUCAGUCAAUUGACGGCUUCGGCUGCUUCGACAAAAAAGAAUCUAGUUGCUAUGGCGGAGAAAAUCCGCGGAAUAUAUGACAAUUUCUGCACAUUUGAAACUGCGACCACCUCAUUUUCUGAUCCUCUUGGCUCGGACCUACGUCUUUAUUUGCUGAAAUCCCUUGGAUUGGAAAUAGCGAAUGCCAUUUUUACUUAUUGCACUGAAGUUGAUGAUGUGCAAUCUCUCAAGGAAAAGCAACGAGAUGAGAAAAUUGAAUCGCUUCCAUCCAAUCUUCGAGAGCCAAUAAAAAACUUGUAUGCAUCUCUCAAAACAUCCGAUGCCUCGAAUCUUGAUGCAUUCCAUGACGCUCUAUAUGAUUGCUCGGUUCCAUCGGCGACUUCGCUUGCUUUAAAACGAGCUGAUCGUACGACUAAAGCUAAUGUCGGUGCGAGAAUCAUUUCGGAGUUGCGCGAGCAACUCGAAUCUCACAGCGACGCAGCGACGACACUUCUCGUUUCAAUUUUGUACAUUCUGGCGAAAAAUGGGAAACCGACAAGUGCGAGCGGAAAGUUUGUAGCGCCAUUGAUCGCGCAAAUCAAGGAGUUGGUGUCAGAGGAUACCUUCGAACUUCUCUCGUCGUGCCAGAAGGGCGUAGUGACUUGCAUUAAGAACAAAGAUGACGAUGUUUCGCGCGAGAUGUUAAACGACGAUAUUGCCAAAUUAAAAUCAACAGUUUUAUCAUUGUGA